AUCGUCUCACAUCUUGAUUUAUUCCUCCUUCGAAGCUCUAUGAUCAAUUUCGAAAAACGUAGAAUAUAUCAACGACUUGACGUUGUCAUAUUUGUACUCCAUCAUAACAAAAACAAAUCAACUCGAAGGGCUCUCUACUAGUUGAAACUAAGCAGUCACCCAUCACAAAGACUACCAGAAGCCUACAGAAGCUGCCUACAAAGGAUCGCUACAAGCAUGAAUGCAGUUGUGGACACUGCGCGGAAGUUUGAUAAUUGGUCCGAGGAGAUUCCAACAUCAUGGACUCCGACAAUGUUCACAUCACCUUUCGGUGAGAGCAUCACAGCUCACGAUUCUCAACUUUGGGCUAGCCCGGGUAACAAUCUAGACGACUAUUAUAGGCCAAAUCACCAAUCCGCGCGGGACGAAUUAGCAAAUGAUAUAGAUACAAGCGACAACUUUGAUGCUGGCUAUACAAUCGACAACGCCGCCGUAGCAGCAGGCACGUUUGUUUACGACCAAUAUACAGGCACAGGUGCAUCUGGACAAUCUACUCACCAUGACUUAGAUGACCCUUUUGCCGAGCACACAAGACGAUCGAAAAAUAUCCAACCAAGUGCCGGUGAUGGAGCAAUAUUUAACAAUAGCACCAUACCGGCAACGUUAUUAUCACCGACAACAAAUCGCAAUCGCAAUCGGCUUUCUUCGAAUAGCUCCGAGACGAAUAAACUUUCACCUCAGUCGGUGUUAGGGAUAUCACCAAUAUCCCCAUCUUCAAUGAACUGGAUGGCGGACGGAGACGACCAACCCUCCCCUCCCUCCCCAGCAUGUAGCGUCAACGCUGGCAACGACCACUUGCCGCCGGUGAACAGACGUAACCGUGAGCGGAAUCGCGUGGCGGCACACAAGUGUCGGCAGAAGGCGAAGCAAAGCAUGUCGGAACUGCAGAUACGGGAACGGGAGUUGAGCCAGCAAAACCGGAUACUUCUAGAGCAUGCAGGUAGCUUAAGGGACGAGAUUCUGGAUCUCAAGAACGAGAUUCUCAAGCACAGUAAUUGCGAUAGCGACAUUAUCCAGAAUUACAUCUCGCGGGCGGCUCGUGACGUGCACUGAUGUGUAUUGAAACUCGACGUCUCGGCGACUGACGACUAGUCGGUGAAUGAGGUUGUCAUCGUCUUGGUAUUUUGGGAGGACUUUUGCCUGAGCAAGGAUAUCAACGAGUUUACUAAAAGAACGGACGGAAUAGUAAGAUUACGGCCAAGGCCUCUUUGUUCCAAAGGGAAUUUUCCAACUAUCUCACCUAGACCAUCAGGUCUAAUAAUGGCGGCGGUUUCGUCUGGGACGUCGAUUAGGUCUGCUAGACCCUGGCUCGCUAAGUACUUUCAAGUGACACUUGAAAGCUGGCAUGAUAUGGGGUUUAUCCGGCGUUUCGUCUUUCUUUUCUCG